UCAUGGAGUAUCGCUGGAAUGAUAUUCCGUUAAACCGGCGAUUAUUCCGUGAGGUCCGGGAGUAAAGUGAUGCGGCCCCUGGGGUACGCACCUGUAAUCACCCUCUUCCCCGUCUCCUUAGAUGAUCUGGAAAGGCGGGUACCGUGGCCCCGCCAUCACGCUGGAGGAGACGCUGCGUUGGGUACCCCCGGAGCGGCGAGCCAAGGCCAGGGUGCUGGACGUGGCCGCCGGGACGGGCUGCGUGGGCAGCGAACUCCACCGGGAAGGCUUCAGGCACAUAGACGCUGUGGACCCGUCGGAGGGCAUGAUGAAGCAGCGGGAGACUGGCAUCUAUACCAAUGACUUCCUGGAGUUUAUCGGCAGCGGACACUCCACCGUACCCAAAGACACAUACGACCUGGUGGUCAUUUCGGGCGGUAUGGGCGAAGGUCACAUCCCACUCAGUGGCCUCGACGACCUGGUGCGCGUCGCAAAGAACGGAGGCUUCGUGAUCAUCGUGAUGCGCCAUGAGCACCUACAGACCGUGCCUUCCUACAAGGACAAGCUGGAGCCUUACAUGGACCAGCUGGAGGCGGACGGGAAGUGGAAGAAGGUGGAGCGGCGCACCGUCCCAAACUAUUUCUGUGACAAGGAGGGUCUCGUCUUCGUCUUCCGCAUCACUAAGCCUGAGUGAGGAGGAAGAGGAGGGAAGGGAAAGGAGAGAGAUGAGGAGGAGGAGUUAUAGUUGUGCUGUGCCAAGGCCGUCUCUGUGUAACAGCCUUGGCUUUCGUCGCGGCACCCGAGACUGAGGUGUGAAUUAUCGUGGUAUCGUGGGAGGCGGUGGCUGAGUCGUCAGAGUAACGGCCUCGUGUUCAGGAGGACGCGAGUUCAAUCCCCGCCCGGUGCCACCAAGCUGGGAUUUUUCAGCCGCCGCCGAGUGGCUUAAAA